AUGGGAAAUUGGAGCACAGUGACUAAAUUCACCCUGAUCGCCUUCCCUGCUCUCCUAGAGCUUCGCAUCUUCCUCUUUGUGGUUCUUUUGCUGACUUACACAUUAACCACAACAGGAAACAUUAUCAUCAUCUUCCUAAUAUGGACCGAUAAACGCCUGCAGACCCCAAUGUACAUUUUCCUCAGUAAUUUGUCCUGUCUAGAUAUUUUAUACGCCACUGUCAUUACCCCAAAGUUGCUAGCCUGCCUCCUAGGAGAGAAGAAAACCAUAUCCUUUGCUGGCUGCACCACUCAAACAUAUUUCUACUUCUUUCUGGGGACAGUGGAGUUUAUCCUCCUGGCGGUGAUGUCCUUUGACCACUAUGUGGCCACCUGUAAUCCCUUGCGCUACACAACCAUCAUGAACAGCAGGACCUGCCUCUUGCUGGUCCUGGGCUGCUGGGUGGGAGCCUUCCUGUCCGUGUUGGUACCAACCACUGUAGUGACAAGGCUACCUUACUGUAGAAAAGAAAUUGAUCAUUUUUUCUGUGACAUUGCCCCUCUUCUGCAGGUGGCUUGUGUAGAUACGUACCUCAUUGAGCAGAUAAACUUUCUCCUAUCUGCCCUUGUCAUCCUGAGCUCCCUGGCAUUCGCUACUGGGUCCUACACCUACAUCCUGCGCAUCCCCUCAGCCCAAGGCCAUCAAAAAGCUUUUUCUACCUGUGCUUCUCACAUCACAGUUGUGUCCAUUGCCUACGGGAGCAACAUCUUUGCGUACGUGAGACCCAACCAGAACUAUUCCCUGGAUUUUGACAAGAUAGCUGCUGUCCUCAUUACAGUGGUGACCCCACUUCUGAACCCUUUUAUUUAUAGCUUGAGAAGAAAGGUGAAAGAAGUGUUGAGAGAGACAGUGAACAGACUCAUGUCCUUGAUAUUUAGGAAAACUUGA